CGUUCACAUAGUAUGUCACAAGAGUGCGGUAUGUCGGCAGAGAAGGCUGAUUACACGAGCGUGCCCCUCGCAGAGAAACAUGAAGAGCCGCCGGAAAUCAAAGCACCGCCUGGUUUCGGCGUGCGGCACCUGCAGGCUCUGCUGCUCUUUAUCAGCCUCUCCAUUGGGUUCUCGAUGCGCGCUCAUCUCAGCGUCACCCUGGUGGCCAUGACGGCACCCGGCGCUCGCAACGCCACCUGUGCCAAUGUUGGACACAAACUAAACUUAACUAACUUAAGCUCAGCCGACAUUAGUUCUACUUUGAACACGGAGUUUGUAGAGGAGAGUCACGUAGAGAACUGUAUAGAGAAGGGACAGUCUCAGUGGAAUAUAUAUCGUACGUACAGAUGGUCGAAGCCGAAGCAGGAGAUGAUCUUGUUCGCUUUCUUCGUGGGCUACACGAGUAUGAUGAUGCCGAUGGGUCUGAUCGCGCAGAAAUUCGGCGGCAAGCUGCCCAUCUGCGCCGCGCUGCUCGUCAACGGCCUGCUCUCCGUACUCACGCCUUGGAUGCCUCUUCUUGGAGGCUGGGUGUUGGUAUGCGCGGGUCGGCUGCUGCAGGGCAUGGCGCAGGCCGCUUUCUUCCCCAGCGUGCACACGCUGCUCGGCAAGUGGGCGCCGCUCUCAGAGAGGGGGCGCCUCAGCACCUAUAUCUAUACAGGUUCGCAGUUCGGCACGGUGCUGGCGUUCCAGGUGGCAGGUGCGUUCGCGGGCAGCGCAGCGUUGGGCUGGCCGUGGACGUUUUGGAGCUGCGGCGCGGCCAGCCUGGCGUGCUGCGCUUUGUGGCACCAACUUGGUGCCGCCUCGCCCGCAGAUCACCCCUCCAUCUCCGCCUACGAGCUCGCAUACAUUACUAAAGAUUGCAAUGCAGACUCCGGGGUUAAGAAGCGGCGCACGCCGUGGAAGCACAUCCUGACAUCAAAAGCGGUGUGGGGGCUGGUGGCGACGCACACGGGCAGUGCCGUCGGCUAUCUGCUCGUCCUCACGCAGAUUCCUAUGUACAUGAACAAGGUCCUCGGCGUCGACAUCAAGAGGAACGGCGUGUACUCCUCGCUGCCGUACAUCUCCAUGUACCUCAUGACGCUGCUGUUCGGCUACGUGUCGGAUCUCGUCGCCAACAAGAAGCUCAUGUCAAUAGUCAAUAUCAGAAGAACGGCUAAUUCAAUUGGAAUGGCACUAUCAGGGCUGUUUCUGGUAGGCUUUAGCUUUGUGGAGGACACGAUGCUGGCCGUCGUCGCCAUGGUGCUUUGCCUCGGUCUGCACUCUGGCGUUCACGUCGGCUUUCAUAUAAACCACAUAGACUUGGCGCCGAACUUCGCGGGUCCGAUGAUGGCGAUGAGUAAUAUGAUCGCCAACUUGUCCGGACUCGCAGUACCCGUCCUCGUCUCCAACAUCGUCGGCGACGACGUGACAAAUCAAAAGAAAUGGCAGAUUCUGUUUAUGAUGUUCGCGGCGCUACAAAUCGUCACUAAUCUAAUUUUCGUAAUUUUCGCAAAGGGUACGGUUCAGGAAUGGAACUUUUACGGCGAAGAAGAUGAAGACGGCAAGAAAAGGGAACACGAUGCAAUGGUGGAACUGAAAAGUAUAUUAGCGAAGAGAAAGGAAUCACAGAAAUCUGAUAAAGAACAGUAAACUGCCGCCACCGCCAACACUGACAGGGACAGCGACAUAGAACAAAACGAAUGAGUGCCGUCGAUUGCUCCGCGAUACGAUACUAUACGAUGCUGUCUCAAGGUCAUUAAUGGAAUCUCAGUGUGUUACGCUCGCAGGCAUAACCAUCACAAAAGGAAACAUAUCCAAAACAUUAUUAAGAAUUUUAAAUAAAGUUGUAAAAAAUA